AUUUUUUUCAAAUGGACACGAAAGGACAACACCACACGUUCCUUCCGCUUAAAAAAUGGCCGAGUCACACUCCGAGUCAACCUCCGACUCGCUCACCACCACAUCCUCUACCCCCGAUCAAUCCGCAACUAUCCCUAUUUCAACCCCACGAUCUAACCAUGUCCCCGAGAUCCCAAUCGAGAUCAUCAGCGAAGAAGAAAUGGCCAUCCUCGACGCAGCGUUCGCCGCCACGCGAUCCUUCCUCCCUUCCGCGAUCCGCUCGGCUUCUGCUGCUUCUCCGUCGCGGAUCAUCGCCGGAGAAAUCUCCAAGACCGCCCGUUCAGUAACCAUGUUCUCGAAAAGGAAACUCUCUGCUUGCUCCUCCGAGGAUAUCGAAGACUCUCUCCUGCAUCGGUUUAGAAAGAAUCAAGCUUUGGGUGUCACAGAUCUCACCGGCACUGAAUGGUGUGAGAAGCAGAUGGAGAAUGUUCUUUGUUUAGGCAGGAGAAAAGUGAGCAAAGCUAUGAAGCUUGGUCAAGCUCGUCACUUGGAGCUUGAAGAAGAGGUAGUUAAAAGGGUUCGAGUAAAAGUUGAAUCAAAUGAAGAUAAGUGGGCCUUGAAGCUACUCAGUUCCAUUGCUGGCGUUAAUCAGUUCUUGUUCGAAGGACGAACUCGUGAAUUGCUACUCGUAGGAUUUGUUGGAGGUCAGUGGAUUGUGGGGGUUAUUGAUGAGGUUAGAAAGGCAUCUGCAGAAGACUCUUCUGAUACUGGACCGUUAUUGAUAGAUACCAAGACUCGAGGUCGGGACACACUUCCAGCUGAGCCACAAAGAAGGAAUGGAAGGCUACAGGUAAUGCUUUACAAGCUUCUAUGGGACACUGUUGUCAGAGAAGAGUUCCCGGCCACACGUUUUUUCAACUACUUUGCUUUAAACCGCCACGAGGUCUUGUCUCAAGAUGUCAGAGAUAACAUUGCCGAUGCAGGAAUCCCAGCACAGACUCUUGAAGAGAUAGUUAGGUACUAUGAAAGCACUUUUAAGAUGCUUCCGAUUGCGAAUGAUCAGUUACUACUACGGUAUGAGUUUCAGAAAGACCGAUCUAUAAUAGCUGAGAUCAGAUUCACUCAUGAUCCUGAGUGGGUGAUGCGCAAAUACAAAGAAGUCAUUGCGUUUUGGAGAAGUGAAAGAGAAGCUGAGUACACUCCUGAAGAAGAACGUUGGAAAUGUCGUUAUUGCCAAUUUGCUAAGUCUUGCCCUGGAAACCCAAGUCUUCAAUCUUCUGCUCCGAGCUCACCACCGAGAGAGCCUCGUCCUUUAGCAAGCUAAAUGGUUUCAUAAGUGCUAACAUGUGUUUGUUUAGUGGUUAAACCGUGAUUCAAUUAGGAUUGGUUCUGCAUACCGAGAUUGAUUUUAUUAUGUUUGUACACACAACUCGUAUGUAUACCAUUGUUGCCAGUUUCUAAAGGUAAUCCAUGUUCCGUAGUCCCCAUUUAA